AUGAGAAAAAGAGGGGGCAAGAAAUGUCGCUUCACUGCAUUUGCUUCAGUGCAGAAAGUGUCAUUAGAAGGGUGUCAUGCUCAAGUAUUCUCAUAUAUGAACCUGUCAAAUCUCGAGAGUCUUUAUGGGAAAAUAUUCACUGGGACUGGUUACGUAUUUUACAUUGAAAAAGGACGGUUCUACAGAAAAUGCAAGUUGGUUUCUAAGACAGAAGUUACCCAUGACACCAAGCUCUUCUGCUUAAUGUUGCCUCAGAGCACUCAUCUCCAGAUUCCCACUGGACAACAUGUUUACCUCAAACAAAUCAUUGCAGGGACGGAGGUAGUAAAACCCUACACACCUGUAUUGCCUUUUCUGCCACUGGAUUUCAAAGACCUGUCACACCAUGAUGGUGCACAUAUAUAUUUAAUGAUUAAAAUUUAUCCCUGUGGACCGUUCACACAGGCACUUGAACACCUACAAAUUGGAGACUACAUUUCUGUCAGCAAUCCUGAAGGUAACUUCAAGAAGUCACAGGUUCAGACUUUGGAAGAUCUCUUUUUGUUGGCAGCAGGCACAGGCUUCACACCAAUGGUUAAACUGCUGGAGUUUGUUCUCACUGAAGUUAGUUCUCUCCGGACAGUGAAGCUGCUAUUCUUCAACAAAACUGAAGAUGACAUACUAUGGAGAAACCAGCUAGAGCAAUUAUCUCUUAAACAUAACAGGUUUGAGGUUCAGUUCGUUCUUUCCCAACCAACAAAGGACUGGGUGGGUAAACAGGGGAAGAUUUCUUCGUCUCUUCUCUCCGAGUUUUUGAAAAGAAGCAGAAAAGACUCCAAAGUGCUUAUCUGCAUCUGUGGUCCAGCACCUUUUACAGAACAAGGAGUACA